AUGUCUCCAUCACUCAACGAUCGUUACGGCUCCUGUGACUUUGGCGAAAACCCGGCUCCAGGCUUUUCUCUGACCGUGCUGCUCCACAAGAGAAAAAAGGGGAAAAAUCGAGAGGAGCUUGCCAUGGCAACCGCAUCCUCAGCACAAACAAAAGCACUGGAUAGCAGACAGGCUAAGCUAAGGACCCGCCCUCUCCCUCUGCUGACGAUCAAAGCGCAGCGACUUCUCCAGCUCCCAUGUGUGGUGCUAUGUUGUGCCUCUCCUCUUGGUGCGUGUCUUCUUGUGAUCUGUUCCAGCGCGGCGCUCAGCAGGAGGCCUUGCUCUUCACUGGCUUCACACAUCCCCCCGCUCGGCAAAUGA